UGGGUUCAGUGAUAGAUGGAUAUGGCCGAUUUAAAGCAUUUUCUCUAUUUUUGUAGCUUGGAGGAGAAGCAAGACUCCCUAAACAGACGCCAGAAGAAUCUUCUUUCUGAUUGGGACACGAGAAAGUCUGAAGUGUCUGAUUGGUUGACCGACACGUCAACCAAACUUAAGGAACUAGACGCUAAUGUUAGCAAUGUUGACGCGGCUAAAGACCAAACUCUAAAAUUACAGCAUAUACGCAAAGACGUAACUGGGUAUGAAAAACACGUUCGUACGCUGGAGGACUUUGCCGAUACAUUGAUCAUGGAGCCUGGGAUCCACUCUAGCGAGAAGGCACUGGUAACGAGAGAGAAACAGGCAAUCAGGGAAAGAUGGGAGUCUUUGAACACCGCCACACACAACGUCCAGAAAAAGCUUGGUAGUCGUAUCGACGACCUCGAAGGAGAGCAAACACGACGGCUUAACGACUGGAGAAGACAAAGUCAACCGCUGGACAGCUGGCUCAACGAGACAGAGACUGAAGUCGAGGCUUACGAGCCCAUCGCCUAUGACAUUCCGAUGGUUGAAAGACAACAACGAGAAAACCAGUCCACCAUGAAGGAUAUUGAGCAAAAGAAACCACAGUUUGAUGAACUUGACAACUUUGCUAACGUGCUGAAAAACGAGACUUUCAUCGGUCUUGAAGAGAAAGUGAAGAUACAAGACGACAUGGAGUCAUUGCAAGAACGCUUUGAAAACGUUGAUGAUGCUGUUACAAAGAGACAAGCAGAUAUUGAAACACGACUUAGUGAGCUACAAGAAGAAGAAAGGUUAAGAAAACAAGGAGAAGAGCUCGAACGACAGCGAAGAGAAGAAGAACGAAGGCAGCGAGAGAUUGAGCGAAGAAAGGAAGAAGAAGAAAAACUACGAAGGCAACAAGAAGAAAGAGAAAGACUAGAAGAAGAACAACGAAGACGAGACUACGAGGAAAAGAAAAGACAAGAAGAAUUAGAACGACUACGACAAGAGCAGGAAAGACGACAGAGAGAAGAAGAAGAACAAAAACGAAGAAAGGAACAAGAAGAGAAGCGAGCGGAAGAAGAGCGAAAAAAGAAGGAGGAAGAACAGAAAACAUACACCAUUCUGUACGAACCAAGAUUAUCCAAACCCAUCGAACAAGAAAUCAUGGUCCAACACGAGGCUAUCGUGGAAUCCAUGCAAUCUCCGGACGAUUGGGAUAACCCGUUUGCAGAAAUUGGGGCCCUCAGUCGACAAGACUUAGACACGUGGAGGGACGAUGCAGAUGAAAUUCGACAGUGGAUGAAGCAAAAAGAACGAGUACUCGACGAUGAGAGCGAUGAUGAGGAUAUUGUGGGCUUAAAGCAGGAAAGAAAACAAUUGACGCAACUGGAGAACGAAGUCAUCGAAUAUGAGCCAAAAUAUGAAGACAUUAAGUUAAGAUACGACACGUUGAAGGAUAAUGAACAUCUUAACGCUGACGAUAAACAAUCCCUUGACGAAGAUAUGGACGAUAUCAACACUCGAUGGGAAAAGAUGUCAUCUGCUAAAGAUUUGAAACUAAAACGUGUCGAGGAUAAGAUAAAUCAGCGAGAGAAACAGAAAUUAAAUGAUUUAAUCGACUGUAGAGCUGAUAUUAAGAACCUGAAUGACUGGAUUACAAACAAGAAUAACCAGUUUGACAAGUUUGAGCCUCUGGCUAGUGAUCUCCCAACUCUACUCAUACAAAGGAACGAGCUGAAACAAUUUUCUAAGGAGGUCGCAGACAAAGAUCCACAGUUCGUCGGUGUCAUCCAGUCGGCAAAUAAACUCUCCAAAGACCCAACCCUCUCGCCAGCUGAAAGCGAGGUGUUACACGAGGAUGCCAUCAACUGUGAAACACGGUGGGAUACGUUGAAUGAUCGAGUUAAGGACCGAGUAGAUGGGGUGGUAAGCGUACUGCCAUCGCUACAAAAGAACCAAAAACGACUUAUGGACGAAUGGGAGGAUAAACUUGACAGGUUUAGAAAGUCAAUCAAGAAAUCUGAGAAUACUCUGGAUGAUCAGAAAAAUAAAUGGCCAACGAACGAAGACGAACCUGUUCCUAAGGUCGACCUGACAGACGAGUUGACAGAGAAAGUUCAGCAAAACGAAACAAUUGAAUGGCGAACUGUGGUAGAUACCUCAAACGAGCGACUUGCAAAAAAACGCGUUCGUCUUCAAAGAAUUCAGCGGGAGAAAAGAAAUCGCAAAUGGUCGAUUCUAGAGGCAAUCAAAGGAAUGUUUGGGUUUGGCAAAAAGCAGAAGAAAACGGGAGUGAAUCUUGAUAAUCUCAUCGUUCACCUUGAAGAUCAUGAGGAUCUAAUGCAAGAAGUGUCAUCAAUGCAGCGACCAGCCAAUGAACUCGCAUUCAGUUGCAAUGAUCUGAUGCACAGUGAAGGUUCCUUAGAGAAAAUAAAUAUCGACAAAGUAGAUUCAGACAUGCGUGGUGCGAACGAGCAAUGGAAUCAUCUCAAUGUCAAGGUCAUUGAGAGAGAAAACAGACUGGAGCUGUUGGCCAAAGAGAUUGAGGAUGAAUACGAGGAGUUUGACACGUGGCGAGAAAACUGUGAAUCCAUGAAUCUCUUUCUAAAUGAAUGUCAAAGACUGCAGAAGGACGAGGAAAAGAUCGGAACAGACAUUAAAACAUUACAGGAGCAAAGUCAUGAUUGCAAGGAAUUCCAAAAAGAGCUGGAAGAAUAUCGUCCACAAGCCGAUAAUGUAUUUGAAAUGAGUCAAAAACUUAUAGAUAGUGGAAGACUCGACAAGUCGGACAUGGAAGGCGUGGAACAAACUCGAGAUGCACUCAAGAAAAGAUGGGAUGGCGUCAACGAACAUUUGAAGGAUAGACAAGACAGUAUCGAUGCCAAACUAUUGGACAAAAUGAAAGAAGACGCUGAUGGUCGCCUGUGGAAAUGGCGCGACCAGUCCUGGAAACUAGAGACGAAACUCACCGACACACAUCGCAAGCUCAACAGUGACGUCGAUGAAAAUGACUUUGUUGCUAUUCACCAAAGCGCUGUAGAACUAGAGCAAUUACAGAGUGCAAUGGACGAUGUGUUUAGUACCCACAAUGAUUUGGCAGACUCUGGACGAGACUUGGUCGAUGCGAAGAACCUACAUCCUCAUGAAGAAAACGAGGUUACUGAGGCUUUGGAUACGCUUAAUGUCCAUCUUGGGAACAUUGAACAAUCGACUAAAGAAAAGAAGAUAAAAAUCAAAGACGCUAACAAAAAGUACUUCGCACGUUCGCUAUCGGACAUGAAUAAGACAGCCAGUGAGAUGGAAGAAAAAGUCAACGAAGACUUCAGUGAUGUUGGUGCUAACAUCAACGAAGUACAGAAACAGAGAACAGACAUUGAGAAAUUCGAAGCUCAAAUCGUGUCAGAGGAGGAAAAACUAGAAGAUCUAAAGACGAAACUACAAGAAAGCAAGGACAAAGGGUUGGUGGACGAAGACGAGGAAGCAGACAUUCUCGAUGAAAUAAGAAGACUGGAAGAUAAACACAACAGGAUCAACGAUGCGCAUGAUCAUAAUACUAAAAGGCUUACGCAGACACUAAUAGUACUUCACGAAGAGUUGAUGGAGGAGAUUUAUGAUUGGUUGAAGGACACGGAGAACCAGAUCGACGCGUUUACAAUCCACUCCGACGAUGUGAAAACAUUAAAAGAAGAUUACAAUAGCCAUAAUGAACUCAAAGAAGAAAUCUCGUCAUUUGAGCCAACGUUCAAAGGAGCUAUAGCCCUUAGUCGAAAGCUUCUGGAAGAUGAUGUUGUCGAUGAAGAGCGAGCUGAAAGCUACAAGAAUGAAAUCAAGAGUCUGAAUGAAAGAAUGGAUGUGAUUAAUUUGAAAAUGAUGGACAAUGGAACCAAAUUUUCGAAUGCCUUUGCUAUGUAUCUGACAACCCGACUUGAUGAUGCUGUCUAACUUGGAAGAGGUACACGAGACAAAGAAGGAAGUUGAUGCAAUAAUAGACGAGGCCGAUGGUCUUGUUGAUGGCGGGUUUUUCAAGAAACACGAGCAAGACUACUUCAGACCACGAAUCGACAAGAUCGGCACUCGAAACGAAGCCAUGUUGGAGAAGGCUGACAGUAAUCACAAAAGGUUGUUCGAUACGUACAUUGUACUUCUACGACAGCACCUUGGUCGAAUGGAUGCUUGGCUGUUCAAGGCCGAGGAGAGAAUGAGAACAACAGACGAUAUCAAGUCUGGUUAUGAUAAAGUCAAACAGCAACUGGAAGAACAUCAGCAAUUCCAGGAUGAAAUCCGUGAGCAUUCCAUGGUAUCAAUCAUCCUUGAUCUGGACAUCACCGACCCAGCCGUCAACCAAAGCGUACAAAGCCAGGUAAAGUCGCUCAGUGAACGAUGGGCUGCCUUAUGGCGCUGGUCAGAAGAACGGCGGACUCGGCUAUUACGACUUAUCAGCAACUGGGAGAAAUUCCGAGACGAGCAGAUUGCGUUACUGAACUGGUUAUCGUCCAAAGAGAGGGUUCUUAAAGAAAUGGGAGCAACUGAUUUAUCCAAUGAGGAGCAAGUAAAUCAGCAUUUGGAUGUACUGAAGAAACUUCAAAGUAAGUUAGAUGAACAAGGAAUGAAGCUACAAGACUUACACAAGGCUGGUGAUGAUUUACUAAGAAACGUUCAUGAGAAAGACCAGACCAGUCAAGACAUUAAACAUCAACUAGACGAGUUUGAUGAAUGUUGGAAUAGCAUCGCUAAACAAGUGAUUGAGAGAAUACAUACACUUGAGACAUCUCAAAGCAAACUGACCGAGUAUCAUUCAGAGAUGGACGCUGUUGUACAGUGGAUGGAUGAAACUGAGGAAAUACUUGGCAGCUUUAAAGUCGAAAUGCCUUCAGAAGAAGCCACAAGACUACAGGAAAAGCUAGAUAUCAAAUGCGACGAGCGCUCAAAUUACCAAGUUCGUGUUGAUCGUAUUAACCGUCUAGGUAAAGACCUCCAAGGAACAGUUGAUCAGCCUUCAUAUGACUUUAUCAACGACGAACUAAAACCAUUCAACCAGCGAUGGGGAAAUGUGUCAGAACAGCUUGAGAACCUCAGUGACGGUGGAUACCCAAAACCUGGAAAAAGCGACUGCUGUUUGGUUCGAGUAAUGCGGCAAAAACUAGGAAUUUGCCAACAAUAAUAAUGAAUUUCGCUGACGUCCGUCACACGUCAUUAAAUUCUGUGACGUCACGACAUAUUCAUGACGUCAUUUCCAUACUUUUCAUGGAGUUUGAUAAGAAAUCAUAAGCAUCACGCAUGCGCUUUGCGCAAUAAACAUUAGUCAUACGAGCACUUAACGAAUAACUCACGAGGCACUAACGAUCAUAUUACGACAAUCACCCGACUGUUUGACCUACCGUAAUGAAUUCCCACAUUGAAGAAUCGGUGCAUCAAGUAUGAUUGGUGCAACACAGGAAUCCCAAUCGUCUAUUCUAAGUCAACUAGAUUUCUUCAUGAUAUUUAUUGUAAGUUCAUUUUCUAUUUUAAUCAAAAUAAGAUAAUGUUAUAAAUAUUUGUUAAUAAGUCAUCAACUUCUCUCGACACUUGGAUUCAAUAAAGAUGAUUAUUCUUUCCUUA